UGAAAAUAUAAUUACAAAAGGAAUUUGGAGAAAGUUGAGGGCGCUUAAUCGCCUUUGAGACAUGUUUCGUUUAUUAUCUAUUCGUCCGUGGAAGGUAAAACAACACCAAAAUGGUAAAAACACUCCGUUACGUAUUGAAAAAACCGAGCGUGGGCAUGCCACGAGAAGAAGACUUCCAGUUAUUAGAAGAAAAUUUACCACAAAUCGAACUUGGAGAAUUUCUGUGCAAAGCCAUUUAUUUAAGCGUAGAUCCCUACAUGAGAUUUUUUACGUCAUGUGUAGGAUCAACGAUAGUUGGAACGCAAGUAGCAAAAGUUAUCGAAUCUCUGAAUGAUCAAUUUCCAGUGGGUUGUCAUGUCAUUGGUGAUUUUGGUUGGAGAACCUAUACAAUCGUAAAUUCUCUAACAGAAAACCUAUCACCUUUCUGUAGACCCACCUACGUUCUAGAUGAACUACCAAAUCAUCCUUUAAGUUUAUAUCUAGGAUCUUUAGGACUGACGGGGAACACGGCUUAUUUCGGUUUAACAGAAAUUUGUCAACCGAAGGCCGGAGAAACAAUCGUUGUUACUGGAGCCGCAGGAGCGGUUGGUAGUCACGUAGGACAAAUUGCCAAAAUCAAGGGUUGCCGUGUAAUUGGUAUUACGGGUAGCAAAGAGAAAGUAGAUUGGUUAAAAACUUUAGGUUUUGAUCACGUACUGAAUUACAAUGAAACGAACAAUUUAAAUGCUGCACUUGCAGAAGCGGCUCCUUACGGAAUCGACUGUUAUUUUGACAAUGUUGGUGGCGAGAUUAGCAGCAUUAUCAUGAAAAAUAUGGCUCAAUAUGGUAGAGUCGUAGUUUGCGGAUCGAUUUCCUCGUACAAUACUGAUUCGACAAAUUUACCCAAAGCAACUCUCGUUCAGCCAUUGAUGCUUUACAAAGAAUUGAAAUUGGAAGCGUUUUUAGUGUCGAGGUUCAAUGAUCGAUGGAUUGAAGGUAUUCGGCAAAAUUUGCAGUGGCUCGAUAAUGGUCAAUUGCAAUUUAGAGAAACCAUUUAUAAUGGCUUCGAGAGUAUGCCUAAUGCCUUUAUUGGAUUAUUCAAAGGGGAAAAUAUUGGGAAAACCAUUAUUCAAAUAUAA